AUGGGUGUUCAGGAGGUACCAACCCAGGCCUUUGACGACCAAAAGCCCGGUACAUCGGGCCUGCGCAAGAAGGUCACUGUCUUCCAGCAACCCAACUACACCAACAAUUUUAUCCAGGCCACCAUCGAUGCCGUGACCGAGCUUGAAGGCAGCCUGGCUGGUGCCACCCUGGCUGUUGGCGGCGAUGGCCGUUUCUACCUUCCUGAAGCGAUCCAGAUCAUUAUCAAGAUGGCAGCGGCAAACAAGAUUGGCCGCCUCGUCAUUGGCCAAAAUGGUCUCUUCUCCACACCAGCCGUGUCUGCCCUGAUCCGCCAGCGUCAGCUCCGAGGUGGUAUCAUUUUGACGGCCUCUCACAACCCGGGAGGACCUACCGAAGAUUUCGGCAUCAAGUACAACAUUGCCAACGGCGGGCCAGCCCCAGGCAGCGUCACGGACACCAUCUUCAAAAAGAGCCAAGCGCUGACCAAAUAUCAAAUCUCAGAUGCUGCCGACGUGGAUCUCAGCGUCUUGGGUGAGGUCCGGGUUGAGGACAUGAUUGUUGAGAUCGUCGACCCCGUGGACAACUACGCCACUCUUAUGCAAGAGCUUUUUGACUUUGAUGCCCUCAAGGCCUAUGUGAGCUCGGGCAUUAAGCUGCACAUUGACUGUCUCAGCGGCAUUGCUGGUCCCUACGCGAAGCGCAUCUAUGUGGACCUUCUUGGCGCCCCGGAGGAUGCCGUGGUCAAUGCAAGCCCAAAGCCCGACUUUGGCGGUGGCCACCCGGAUCCCAAUCUCGUGUAUGCUCACGAUCUUGUGGCAGCCAUGCAGACGGGUGCAUACGACUUUGGCGCAGCCUUUGACGGAGACGCGGAUCGCAACAUGAUUUUGGGCAAAAAUGGCUUUUUUGUGACGCCAUCUGACUCUGUGGCCGUCCUAGCGGCCCAGUAUGAACAUAUUCCCUACCUCAAGAAGAACGGCUUGCAAGGCGUCUCCCGCUCCAUGCCUACCGGUGCUGCUCUCGAUCUUGUCGCAAAGAAGCUGGACAUUGAAUUCUUCGAAGUGCCAACCGGCUGGAAGUUUUUCGGCAACCUCAUGGAUGCUGGCCGCCUGUCGCUGUGCGGUGAGGAGUCGUUUGGCACUGGGUCCAACCACAUCCGUGAGAAGGAUGGUGUAUGGGCAUCACUUUGCUGGCUCUCCGUCAUGGCUGGAACUGGACAGUCAAUUGAGCAGAUUCUACUGAAGCACUGGCAAGACUUUGGUCGCAAUUUCUUCACCCGCUAUGAUUAUGAAAACGUGAGCAGCGAGGCUGGUGAUGCCGUCAUGACCAAAGUGCGCAGCCUGAUUGGCAAUCAGGCCAGUUGGCCGACAGAUGCGCCUUCGGGUCACAAGAUUGCCUCAGUGGACGAUUUUGAGUACACUGACCCAACCAACGGAGAAGUGACCUCCAAGCAAGGCUUGCGCAUCAUCUUCACUGAUGGCUCGCGCAUCAUCUUUCGCCUCAGCGGCACGGGCAGCAGUGGUGCAACGAUUCGCAUGUACAUUGAUAGUUACAUCAAGGACGAUGCUGCAUACACCCAGGACGCGGCGGUGGCAUUGAAGCCUUUGGUUGAGCUGGCCCUGCAGCUCUCCAACCUGGCCGACCUCACGGGCCGCACUGAGCCCAGCGUGAUUACUUAA